CGGAGGGGCGCGGUGGAGGAUGGCGGACGUGGCCUGUUUAUCACUUGGAGGUGGGACGGCCCUUGGGCAACGGCGAUCAAUAACGCCGCCGAGAUUAGGGGCAGCAGUGGGCCAGUGUACGCGGCUAUCACGCAGAGGCGUGUCGGCAGAGAGAGCAACGAGUGAAGGAGAGUGCGAGCGGGCGCGCAAGACAGCUGCUUUUCACUGCUCGCUGGGCCGCUGUAAGAAGUUUCCCCUUCUGGCAUGGCCUGCUUCUGUGCCCGCCACCGAUCACGGGCGACCUUGCAGACGCCAACGCUCCCGUGGCGCGUCUCCACAGCGCCUGGUGCUCUCCAUCCACCUGAAACCUGCAACGCCCACUCUGCCACCUCCGGGGCAGUUGUUUCACCCUCCUACCCGCCCGCCUGUGACCGCGCGCGCUCUCGAACUCUAGCAGUCGAGUUGAACACUCCCGGCGUCGUCUAUCAAUCGGAUGCAGCCGCAGACAUCCCUCCGGCACUCACCGGCCACUACGGCAGGGGGCCACGCAAUGGCAGUUCAUGCUUGCCUCUGUUGAGAAUCGCCUGUGCUCUGGGCGUUCAGGGGGCUUGGGAGGUGGGGUGGCAAUUGCUGGCUGCGAAGAGCGAACGCCGAGUCAUCAUGGGAAGUGCAGGGCUGUCACGGCGAUGGGCCUGGCACGUUGUGCUUUUGGAGACGGCGACGUGUGAUAUCCUUCAAACGCAGCAUCAACACCGCAGUCGGCAUCCGAGGUUUGCUCAUGGCAACCCACUUCUGCUGGACCGCUGCUAAAUCAAGGACGGCCAAGAUGAUGGCUUCGCAUCCUCAAACGAUGGCACUGGAUUAGUGAUGAAGCACGUGAAGAGAUCAGAAUCAGCGAAACACACAGGCUUGGCAAGUCUUCUGGCUUUUAGAUUUUUGUAUCACAUUGGACCCAGGCUGUUUGAAACCCGUGAUAUGCUACCUGCCUCUCGCGGCAGGCCAACUUGGAUACUACCACCAUGGAGAACCCCGAAGCCGCAAAACAGAUCCCGGAAC